UAUGCAAACUGGCGCUGGACACGCCGGGUGGCUGGGACCUACGAGUCCCUUUGGCGGGGAAUGCCAAGAAGGAAGGGGACCUGCUGACCGCCCAGGCGCGCCUCAAGGACGUGGAGGCUUUGCUUAACUCCAAGGAGGCUGCGCUCUCCACAGCCCUGAGCGAGAAGAGGAAUCUGGAGUCUGAAGUGCGCGACCUGAGGGCGCAGGUGGCCAAGCUGGAAAGCGCCUUGAGCGAAGCCAAGCAGCAGCUGCAGGAUGAGAUGCUGCGCCGUGUGGAUGCUGAGAACCGACUGCAGACGCUGAAGGAAGAGCUGGAGUUCCAGAAAAACAUUUACAGCGAGGAGCUGCGGGAGACCAAGCGCCGCCACGAGACCCGGCUGGUGGAGAUCGACAACGGGCGGCAGCGGGAGUUUGAGAGCAAGCUCUCCGAAGCCUUGCAGGACCUGCGGAGCCAGCAUGAAGCCCAGAUCAGGCUUUACAAGGAGGAACUGGAGAAGACCUACGGGGCGAAGCUGGAGAACGCCAAGCAGUCGGCUGAGAGGAACAGCAACAUGGUGGGUGCUGCCCACGAGGAGCUACAACAAACCCACACCCGCAUUGACAGCCUCUCCUCCGAAGUCAGCCAGCUGCAGAAGCAGCUGGCUGCCAAGGAGGCGAAGCUGCACGAUUUGGAGGAUAUUCUGGCCAGGGAACGCGAGACCAACCGGCGCCUGCUCUCCGACAAGGAGCGGGAGAUGGCUGAGAUGCGGUCACGCAUGCAGCAGCAGCUGGACGAGUACCAGGAGCUGCUGGACAUCAAGCUGGCUCUGGACAUGGAGAUCAACGCCUACCGCAAGCUGCUGGAGGGCGAGGAGGAGCGGCUGAGGCUGUCCCCCAGCCCUUCCUCCCACAAAGGUGCAUCCCGUAGCCACUUGUCCACCCCGGGCUCCUCCAAGAAGAGGAAGCUGGAGGACGGCGAGAGUCGGACCAGCUUCUCCCACCACGCCCGGACAAGCGGCCGCGUCGGUGUGGAGGAGGUGGACUUGGAGGGCAAAUUUGUCCGUCUGAGGAACAAGUCGAAUGAGGUGUGUUCGCCUUCGAGGGGGAUCCCUGAGGGGGUAGCUCAGCUCCACUUCACUCCGUGGGCGGGAGGUGAACCGGGGCAAGUGGUCACGAUCUGGGCCUCAGGGGCUGGGGUGGCCCAUAGCCCCCCCACCAACAUGGUGUGGAGAGCCCAGAACAGCUGGGGCUCCGGGGACAGCCUGCGCACUGCCCUCAUCAACUCCAGCGGAGAGGAGGUGGCCAUGCGGAAACUGGUCCGCACCGUGAUCAUCAACGACGAAGAUGAGGAUGAGGAUGAUGAUGAAGUCAACAUGCACCACCGCCAUCACCAUGGUAGCUGCAGUGGCUCUGGGGACCCCGGCGAAUACAACCUCCGCUCGCGCACGGUGGUCUGCGGCACGUGUGGUCAGCCGGCCGACAAGUCAGGCAGCCAGAACGCCGGUAUCAACACCGUGUCCUCGGGCUCGUCCACUUCCAGCGUGACCGUCACCCGCAGCUACCGCAGCAUCGGUGACUCUGGCAGCAUCGGCCUUGGGGACAACCUGGUGACCAGGACCUACCUCCUGGGGAACUCCAGCCCCCGUAGGCAGGCUCAGGCUGUGCAAAACUGCAGCAUCAUGUAA